AUGGCAAAGGAGGAGUUGGAGGCGACGAACUCGCAAAAUGUCGAGACUCGGGGCCUGACCGAGGCGCAUCGGGAGUAUCUCCUGCACCGGCACGGCACGCUAGACCUCGAGCCAGUGCCGGACAUGAGCGACGGCGACCCGUACAACUGGCCAAAAAGCAAGAAGCUGCUCAACCUGGCCAUGAUCGCCUUCCACGCCAUGAUGGCCACCUUCACCGCGGCGGCCGUGCAGUCCGUGUUCGCCGAGAUGGCGGCCGACCUGGGCGUGUCGAUCCACCGGGCUUCGUACAUGCUGUCGCUGCAGAUCGCCAUCCUCGGCAGCCCGCCGCUGUUCUGGCGCCCGCUGUCGCAGCGCUUCGGCCGCCGGCCCGUCUUCUUGUUGUCGCUCGUCUGCAGCCUGGUCGGCAACGUCGGAUGUGCCGUGAGUCCGUCGUACGCCACCAUGGCGCUCUGCCGCGCCAUCACGGCCUUCUUCAUCUCGCCCGCCUCGGCAAUUGGGAGCGAUGUCGUGACCGAGACCUUCUUUAAGAAGGAGCGGGCUCGCUGCAUGGGCAUCUGGACCAUUAUGGUCACCCUGGGCGUGCCCAUGGCUCCCUUUAUCUUUGGGUUUGUGGCGGUCCGGGUAGGGUACCGGUGGAUCUACUGGAUUCUAGCCAUCACCAACGGUGUGCAAUUCAUCCUCUACUUCCUCCUCGGCCGCAAAACCCUGUACCUGCGCGGCCCGACACCCUCCAUGUCGCCACCGCCCUCCUCAUCCGAACCCAGCCGCAGCCUGCUCUCCUUCCGCCGUCUGGACCCGACCCCAUUCCGGGCCUGGGACUUCGUCAAACCGCUGACCUUCUUCCGCCGGCGGUGCGUGGUGAUACCCACGGCCGCAUACGCCAUGAACAUCGCCAUCAUCGUCGGCUCCCUGGUCGGCGAGCAAAUCGGUGGGUUUCUGAGCGAUUGGUGGAUGUGGCGCCGCUACGAAAAGCACCUCCUCCAACAGGGAACCAACGCUACUACUACUACUUCUAGUAGUACUAGUAGUAGCCAUAGAAACAGCGAGACAACAGCCCAGGACCAGGACGAGGACCAGGGGAUGAAUAUGAAUCCAAAAGCACCGCAGCCCGAGUUCCGCCUCUGGCUCGCCUACCCAGGCUUCCUACUGACCAUCUCCGGGGUGGUCGCGUAUCUGGUCCAGAUCGGCGCCGCGGGCCACACCUGGAACAUCACGCCCGACAUCAGUAUGGGCCUCGCCGCGGGCGGCAACCAGAUCGUCACCACCGUCAUGACCACCUAUGCCGUCGACUGCUACCGCGAUGACGCCGCUUCCGUCGGCGUGUUUAUCAACUUUGUGCGCCAGAUCUGGGGUUUAUCGGGCCCUUCUGGUUCCCCGAGAUGAUUAACAGGGUUGGGUUCGGGGCUACGGCCGGUAUUGCGGCCGCUAUGCUCGUUGCUGUGUCCAUGGUGCCGA